AUCAAAACCCGUAAAGGGCAAAACCCGAAGAAAAUCUCACACAGACAAGAUUGACGCUCGACUUUUUCAAAUCCCCAACGUCCCCAAAUAAGAAAAAAGCCCUCCUCAAGCUAACUCUAAUCUUCUCAUUUAAUCCAUGGCCCUAAACAACAUACUCAAAACCCUAGAGACCCGAAUUGGCAAUCGACCAGCUGAAUCGGAACCCGGAUCCGAAGAGGACUUGGAGGAGCUGGAAUCGGAUGUGAAGAAAAUGGCGGAGAAGAUUCUAGAAUGCAGAGCCACUAUUCCAGACCAGCUUAAGAUCACUCUCGAUUCAAUUCUCUCUCCUCAGAGACCCAAUUUGCCCGGCAUCCAUGGGUCAGAGCCUGGACCAUCCGCAGAACAUAAUGCAAAUUCAGUAGAGAUGGGAUUAGAUGAAGGGCGAAGGACGGUAGAGAAGAUACGGAUAAUUAAAGAACAAAUUUCAAAUAACAUUUCAGCGAUGCCAGCUGUUGUGAAGAGGAUGAAAGAGUGUAUUUCCAGGAUUGAGAAGCUAGACUCUUGCAAUGGCAUCAUAUGUCCUGCUUUUAAAAAGAGAAAAUUGGUUGACCCAAUGAAGGUUGAUUUUCAUAAUUGACAAAAUGUGGAAAUGGUGGUUCCAAUUGCAUCUAGAUUUUGGAAGAAGAGGCCUACGGGAUUUGGGAGUUUUUUGCCCCUUGUAGGUGUGAUCGCUUGAAGAUAUUGAUUUCAAUGUGUGCGCGCCAAAAUGCCUCAGUUGAUAAUAUCACAAAGUGUGCAUCACUGCUGUAAUGAGAUGCAAAUUCUUUUGUGCUUGUAGUAGUUUUGCUUCUCAAUUGUAUCAAAAUUUUGUUUGUCUUCUUAAAAUGUAGAGCUGUUUGGAAUGUAAAUUAUUUUUAAGAUUGGCUUUUGCUUAA